ACGGCGAGAACUAGAGGCAGAAAACAUUUCUUCCAAAAUAUAGGACCCAAAUAGAAAACGCACCACAACCAGAGGCGACAAAAAUCAAAGAGAGCCACCCCACCCGGGAUCGAGAAGCUUCCGAAUGGAAGCGGAGGGCGUCGGCGCCGACGAGGGUUCCGGCGUGGCUCUCGUCUUCCCCGAGAACUCUUCUCCCGAGGUCAAGUCCGAUGACGCGCGCCCCAUCAGCGGCGUGCUGGCGGGAGCAAGCGAAGCUGGUAUGGACGGGCUCAGCCUCGGCGGCGACAUCGGCGCAGGCUCCGGGAAUACGGAGGACCUCGAGAUGGAGGACUUCAAGCCCGCCGCAGAGGCCGUCGCUAGCAAGCCGGAGGAUGAAGCCGACGCACUCCUCCGUGGCGACUUCGGCGCCGGCAACGGCAAGAUGGGCGACGAAGGCGCGCACACGCUCGAGGUUUUCGUUGGCGAGGAGAAGGACCAGUUCCCCUGCAACGGGAACGAAGCCGGCGCCGCGACCCUCAAGGUACCAGGCGGGGUCGUCUUCCCCGACAGUUGUUCUCACGAGGUCAAGCCCGACGAGGCGCACGCCAUCAGCGGCGUGCGGGUGGGCGCAAGCGAAGCUGGCAUGGACCCGCUCGGUGGAGACAUGGGCGCAGGCAACGGAAACGCGGAGGACCUCAAGGUUGAGAACUUCAAGCCCGACGCGGAGGCCGCCACGGGCACGCCAGCGGAUGAAGCCGGUAUCGACGCACUCCUCCCCGGCGACUUCGGCGCCCGCAACGGCAAGAUGGAGGAGGAUGGCGCGCACACGCUCGAGGUUUCUGCUGUCGAGAUGGACCAGGACCCCUGCAAUGGGAACGAAGCCGGCGCCGCGACGCGCAAGGUUCCCGGCGGGGUCGUCUCCAGCAUAGUCAAGGACGACGUCGGCAUGGAAACUCUCGGUGCCCAGGGACCCAGUCCAUCUCUCCGCGCCGACAUGUCGUCGAUCGAUACUAUCUCCGAUCCCGAGAGCCACACAGGAAGAUUGUUCUGUAACAAGAAAGAAGAACAGAUUGAGUCCGAGGUGACAGCACUGCAGAAAGCAGAGGAUGAACUGCUGCGAAUUAAGGAGGAAUUGGAUUGCAAACAAAAUCAACAGCUCAAGAGGGAGCAGGACCAGAGACUCAAAGAAGAAGAAUGGAAGCUGUUGCAAUGUAAGGAGGAGAAAGCACUGAAAGAGAUAGAGGCCAGGACACUACGGCAGAUUCAGCUUGUGCAGCAAAUGGAGAUGACAGUCAGCAGAAAAGUAGAAGAGCUAGCACAAACUGAGGAGAAAUUGGAUCGCAAAUAUAAGCAACUGAACAAGAACGAAGAUGAUCACAGACUGAAAGAAAAAGAAUGGAAGAUGGUGCAAUGUCAAGAGGACCAGGCACUGAAAGAGAAAGGGAUAGAGCUGUUCGAGAGGGAGAAUGAGCUAUCGUUGAGGCAGAAAAGGCUGCUGCAGUUCGAGAAGGAUUUGAGCACAGCAGCGAAUGACCUUGCAGUAGAAGAUAGGGAGCUUAAGAGGAUGCAGGAAAGGCUAAACAAAAAACUGAGCGAGACACUGCAGUUUCAUCAGUCUAACCUUGCACAGAAAGAGACCGAGCUGAAUAACAGGGAAAAGGAGCUGGGUGUGAAUAGCCACAAAGUUCAAACCACCUAUUAUGCUGCUAAAUUGGGCCGUGCCAUUGGGAUGAAAAAUUUACGAACACUGAUUGGAAGAGACGAAGGCAGCGAUCUCAUUCUCCCUUUGGUUGAACCAAAAGAUGAGGAAGACUGGAACAGGAGGCAUAUCUUGUAUGACGCCAUUUUCAUGAUGUUCUUACCUUUCGUUUUCUGCUUGCAAGGGGUGUUUGCUAGCAUGCCUAACCCUCCCUCCGGCCUAGUUCAGACUAUCAUCUUCUAUGUCUGUGGGGCCAUCUGGAUGCUUUCAUGUCUAGGCGGGCUUCUUGGCAUAUUUAGCAAAUGGCCAGGGGUUCAGAUGGCAUCCACACUCAUGGGUCGAAUUCUGUUCCUUGCAUUUUGCAUUAUGCAGGUUGGGGCCUUAUGGUUUUUGGCACCACCAAGCAAAGGGUCGAUAAUUGCUGCUGGAAUUUUGUGCGGCUGUGUUAUAGUAACACAUAUUGGUUGCUGGGUCCAGGAUUUAAUUGAAAACCGCGAAAGCUGAUGAGUGCGACUGGUAUCC